AUGCUUUCGACAUCUUCACUGGCUGCCAUUGCCAUGUUGGCGUCUGCCGCGGCAGCUGUGCCGAACGUCAAGGCCCGAGCUACCGAUGCUGAAUCACUCACGCCCUGGGUCACUGUCGGCGACAACGGCACGCCCGUGACCAUCACGCCCGUUCAGACGACCAUUGACGGUACCGCCACGGUCAUCUCUGGCGCGCCGCACGACCUGACCGGCACCGUCUUCACGCAGACCAGCUACGGCGAGAUAACCACGAGCACAGGCACAGCGCCUGCCCCGACCGCUACCGCAGCCGAUGGCUCCGGAUCCUUCCUGAAAUGCAACAACAAAGAUGGGGCCAAUGCGCCUUGGUGUAGGCCCGACGAGGGCGCAAUCAUGUAUCCCGGCACUACCUACUACCUCACCUGGGACAGCACCUACUUCACCCCCAAUACCACCGUCACGGUGCAGGGCAACUACUUGAAUGCCACGACUGGCGAAGUUACCAGCCAGGCCUUCGAAUCCGACAAGAUGGUGGCCACCUGGGGCUACUGGAAACUGGCCGCCACCUCGGAUCUCAUGCAGGGCCAGUCGGCCAUGAACAUCUCGCUGCAGAUCGUCGCUCUGAAUACCACGACAGGAACCAGGAGCACGUUUGUCAAGGGACCGACCAUCCAGAUUGCCAAUGUACCGACGUACCACAAGGCGCCUGCGGCACCGCCGAGUGGCGCCGCCCUGUACAUUGCUCUGCCGACUGUGUUCGGUUUCAUCAUCUUGUGUGUAGUCGGCGGCUGUCUCUGGAACCGCAAGACGCGCAAGAUCGAACUAGGCAAUGUCAUGUCGCGCAGCCGCCACGGCUUCGGCCUCGGCAAGCCUCGCGCCGGUCUUAGCCAGCGGCGCAAGGAGAGAAAGGCGGCCGAGCGAGUUCAGCUCAUGGAGAGGGAGAUUGCCGCAGGUGGCGGCCAGGUGUACCGAGACCAGCCGGAUUGGAUUGACAUCCCCAGACGCGAUAGCGAUGCGCUGGGCAGCUUGGCCGGGACCCCGACCGACGAGCGCUUUCACCAACCCGGUGCGCGCGAUGGAAGUGCGAGGCCUCAGGCUGGAGCAGAGAGAAACUACUUCCGGGAUGAGUUGCACAGACAGGACGAGGACCGACGCUAG